UGAAGACGGGAUGUUUUAGCAGAAGUAUUCUAGGUAAAAUUAGGCUGUUUUGUGGACGGUGGUUAGUGCUUUUUUUUUUAUCGAUUGUGCGUGGUGUAGAAGGCAUCACAUUCCACAGCGAAUUUCGCUGCUAAGCAAAUCACGUCUCAUUUUAUAGCUUGGUUUGACCGUUAUUAGUUGGCUUUGAAGUUUGUAGGUAUUGCGAAGUUAACCUCCAGGCGACCAUCCUUCUAGCUAACCGUAUAUUCUUAAUAACAGAAAGUGCUGCUUCAAUUUAUCUCAGGUUUUCGUCUACCACGCGGCAGAGGCAACUUCUUUACCAUCAAGAUCAAACAUUUUCUCCCAACCGGUCAUUUACAGCUUCCGUUGUGUUGUGUUACAGAUUCACACGAUAGAGAACACAGCAAUUUUGACGGACUGGGUCGAGGAAACGAAACGCAAACCAAGCAAGAUAAAUGUUGCCUUAUCGGCUCGCUUGUCAGGACUGUGGUGUGAAGUUUGACACCAUCCGCCGCUUCAAGCAGCAUGUCCGCAGGAAGCAACAUCAACAGCAAGUGGCAGAGCUCUUCCAGACAGAUGAGUACCACGGUCAAGUCUACUUUGCCCCUUUCUUGGUUCUGGAGCAUCUGGCCAGGAAACCCACAAACACCCCAUAUCCCAUCAUCGGUCUGUGCCUGGUGACAUUGUGUGUGAGUCCAGAGGGGAGGGAUACUUUCUACCUUUGUCACAGUUGUGAGGAGAAGUGUGGCCCAGGACAGAUCAUAGACCACCUCCUCUCUGCUGACCACCUCUCCAACUACUAUGUAAAUACACACACACACACACACACACACACACACCAAUUAAACUGCAGCCAGAGUAGUCUGUCAUUUGUUUUGUUUCAUUUGUGUGUGUAUCAGAGCUACACAGACCCUGAUGUGUUGAGUUUCUCCUGGAUGCCUAACAUGGAUAUGUUGAACCUCCUACGGCCGCUAGCUGUCAAAGAGAUGGACAAGAAUGGACCUGGAGUGCUACGGGUGCUGGACAUGCCUAAGAGUGUGUCUGUGAAGUUGAAGACAAGUGGCUACUCUAAAGUCAUGCAGGCCCUGACUCAGACUGACAGGCUGGCUGAGUGUAUCAGAGCUGACAGACCAGAAAGGAUGACUAUACAAGAGUACCACAGAGACCCCAACAGGAAACACCCUCUGCUGGGUCUACAGCACCUGGUGGAGUACUGCUGUGAAGGGCAUGGCCAAAGGAGAUCCUACCUCUGUCAGCUCUGCCGCCUCCCUGUCCCCUCACGGAGGGUCAUCCAACACACACUCGGCUUCGACCACCUCUACUGGUACUUCAAGGUGUUUCACCCCUCCACCCUCCUGAUGAAGGACUGUUAUAAAGAGUACAGCUGCAGGUUCAUCGCCAUGAUCCUGGACCUGGCCAAUCAGGUGCAAGACAUCAGUCAGUCAGCCAAUAUGGAGAUACAGCAAGUUGUGUUGGAACCAGCAGUGUUCUCCUCAGUUGAGUUUUCUGUUUACACAGAGGCUCUGAGGAAGUUGCAGACCAUUAGGAGAGCUCGUAAGGAGGGCAGCCUUAAGACCAGCAUUAUACCUGGACACAAACUGGUUCCUUCCUCAGAAGGGUCAAAGAUUACCAAAGAUGUUACCAUGACUAACGUUGCUGAGGCUGUUCCUAUGGAGACCAAGUCAAGCCCAGAGAAGACCGAUGUCACACCUACAGCUGUUGAGACUGUAGCUACAGCAAGUACUGCUCCAGUUGUUACCAAAGCUACUAGCCAGAGGGGGACCUGUCGACUGCACUGUCAGGACUGCAACGUGGUAUGUGAGUCUGUGUCGCAUUACAAGUUACAUGUGCGUCACUGGAAACACAAGGAGAUGCUAGGAGUUAUCUUUGAACCAGGGGACGAGGACAGUAAAGCCUGCAUCCCAUCCUUUACCUUGUAUGAGUACAUCCGGAACUCAGAAAGAACUGAACCAAUUAUUGGUGUCUAUCUGUUGGUGAUGUGUUUGAGUACUGAGUGUUGGAAAACGCCCUUCUACCUGUGUCACACCUGUCAGGAGAUAAUCCCUGCCAAUCUCGUCAUGACUCACCUCACCUCCACACUCCACCUUCGACGCACCCUGAUGUACCAGAGUCCGCAGUGUCUGCCAUUUGGGUGGGGGACAGAAAUGGGCCUGGAGGUCCUGAAGACUUUGGCCUGGGAGGAGGAGAGAGUCCGAGGAGAGAGAGACAAUGUACUGAAGGUGUUUGAUAUUCCUGACAGUGUUUUCCACAGCAUUAAGAUGUCCUCCUACUCCUCCGCCAUGAAGAAACUCAAGAACUUCCAUCGGUAUCUAAAAGUUGACAGGCCGCUGACGUUUUCCGCCCAUCUGAAAAACAAAGACCGGAGGAUUCCUAUGCUGGGUCUGCAGUUCCUGGUUCAGUACAGUGUUACUAGGGCCGGGGCCUCGUCUCCAGGCUGGGGCUUCCUCUGUUUGUUGUGUGAGAGGAAGUUGUCAGACGGACUCAGCAUCGCUCACAUACACAGCUAUGAACAUGUCACCAAGUUCCUGGAGCGUGCCCAUCCAGGCUCUGUGAAAGAGGUAGAGGAGUCUGAUAAGAGUAGCGAAAUACUGCUGGACCUGGCACAACAGGCUGAGAAAAUACAUGCCAUGGGUUGUCUACAGUUCAUGAUGUUGCAACGCUACAUCGGGGAGUCAGUCAUCUAUGAGAAAGCCUUAGUGAUCUUGAAGGCGAUCAAGAAGAGAGAGAACAUGGGAGACCUGAUGCCCAUGCUACCACCUGGCAAGAAACUGGGUCUGAGUGCACUCAUCGAGUGCCACAGUCACGGCCAGCCCCCCCUCUACCUCUGCCAGGUGUGUGGGUGUAAAGUCUUCCAGAACGCCAUCAUCGUCCAUGUAACCACAGACUGCCACCGACUUUCCUACCUGAGGUCGCUGAAGACAGUGGUUGUCCCCAAAGGGAACCAGCUCCAUAAGAAGUUGAGGAGAGCUGCCUUGAAGCUGGAGAGGACCAUGGGAUAUGGAGAGGCUGAGGUAACGGAGUUGGAUGCACACACUUACAAUUUUGUUGCAGAAAGAUCCUUUGCCAUUGGCCUGAACAUUGUAAUGAAGCUCAUAAAUGGUGACCCUUCACCUGACCCCCGACUGUUGGUCAGCCCUAAACCCCCUGACCCCUCACCCCAGAAACUAGUGUACCCUGAGCUGGCUGCUGAUUGGCCAGUGAGCCCAGAGCUGACGGUGAAGGCGGGGCCUCUUCAUGAGGAGCUGAGAGUGAGAGCUGCAGAACUGGAGGCACAGGAGGGACUAGGACAGCUCACGGUGGUAAAGAGAGAACCUGCUGCUGGAGACACAACCACUACCAAUACUGAAGGGACUGCCCAGCAGAGCCAGAACGGCUCACCACCUCUCACUGUGAAAGAGGAACCGGUUGACUCCAUAGUACCGUCCCAGCCCCCUAGAGGAGAAAAGAGGAACAAGAGGAGGAGCAACCCUGUGGUUGGUGUGAACUUCCUUGUCCAGGUGUCCCACAGGAGAAGGAAACAGUACUACUGUCAGCUAUGUUCUGUCAGGAUGAAACACGCUAUUGCUGAUCACAUGACCAGCCUCAGCCACCGGCACAACUAUGUGAGGUUGAAGUACCCUGGUUGGACCUCCAGCCCGGUAGAGAUGGAGAAGAAGCUGUUCAAAAUGGCCGUUCACCUGGAGAAGGUCGACAGAGACGCAGGAAUGGGCAUGCAGAAGGUAGAAGUGGAAGCUGAUGAGUACAAAGAGCUGUUGUCCUUUCCUGUGGAGGAAGGUGUCAGUAAACUGCAAGCCAUCAUCAGACGGCAACAAGAGCCAUGCGAUCUGAGACACACAGCUUCCUCGACCAAUCACAACCCAGAGGAUCUGAGACAGACAGCUCCCUUGUCCAAUCCCGAUGCAGCCCAAUGUCCAGCUCAAGGUAUGUGUGAGGUAGAGUCACGCGAGACCGAGGGAGUGUGUCCUCUCCCUGUCAGUCUAUCGGAGGAGGAGAAUGACCAGACGCUCCUGGUUCAGAUCUCAAUGUUUUUGGGAGAAGACCAGGAACCCCUACAAGUACCUUCCCCGUUCCUCCAGGAUCAGCCAUCCCUUACUUCCAUCCCUCUCCCACUCUCUACACCUCACCCUAUCGCCCUCUCUUCCUCAAUCCCCCCCCCCCUCUCUCCCUCAAACCCCUUUUCUACCUCUCUUUCCACAGUUGUCCUAUCUACCUCACCCUCCCUCUCUUCCUCCAUACCAUCCCACACCCCCUCGUUGUCCACAGAGAAGACGACACACCCCUCCCCUGUCUCUGUCUCUGUUCCUGUACCUCUCUCAGCUCUGAGGAGCUCAACACAUUUGAAGGACUGGGAGACUUCUCUGAGUCCAGAGUGGUGGGAGAGGAAGAGCCCAGAAUGCAGAGAGACGCAGACGCUUCUAGAAAUACCAGACAGACACACUCUUCUGGAAUACUCGGGCAGAGACAGACAGAUUGAAUACUCAGCGACAGACCGACAGACUGCACACACUGAGAGAAACCGACAGACUCAUCUAGAAUACUCUGAGAGAGAGAGACAGGCAGACUACUCUGAGAGAGACAGAAGGGCAGACUACUCUGAGAGAGACAGACGGGCAGACUAUUCAGAGAGAGACAGACGGGCGGACUACUCCGAGGGAGGCAGAUGGGCGGACUACUCCGAGGGAGGCAGACGGGCGGACUAUUCCGAGGGAGGCAGACGGGCGGACUAUUCCGAGGGAGGCAGACGGGCGGACUACUCCGAGGGAGGCAGACGGGCGGACUACUCCGAGGGAGGCAGACGGGCGGACUACUCCGAGGGAGGCAGGCGGGCGGACUACUCCGAGGGAAGCAGGCGGGCGGACUACUCCGAGGGAGGCAGGCGGGCGGACUACUCCGAGGGAGGCAGGCGGGCGGACUACUCCGAGGGAGGCAGGCGGGCAGACUACUCCGAGGGAGGCAGGCGGGCGGACUACUCCGAAGGAGGCAGGCGGGCGGACUACUCCGAGGGAGGCAGGCAGGCGGACUACUCCGAGGGAGGCAGGCGGGCGGACUACUCCGAGGGAGGCAGGCAGGCGGACUACUCCGAGGGAGGCAGGCAGGCGGACUACUCCGAGGGAGGCAGGCAGGCGGACUACUCUGAGGGAGAACUGGACGAAGACCAAGAACACACACAUCAUCACAGUGAACACACACAUCAUCACAGUGAACACACACACUUCGAGCAGGCCCCAGCAAGCUGGCUCAGUGUUCCACAGGUGUAUCUGCUGCCGGACACACCCGCAGCAAAGAGGGUUGUCGGCCCCAGCCACCUGUCCAAAUACCUGAAAGUGAAGGGCCUUCACAACACAGAACCGAUCAUAGGUCUGGGCAGUGUGGUGGAGUGUAGAGGUAUAUCCCAGGCUACGUUUUUCAUGUGUGUGAGCUGUGCUGAGACUCUCUCCAGUACACACAUCUGUGAACACAUCAUCAGCGCGCAACACCAGCAGUGCUACAUGUUUUCCCAGUAUAGUCCUAUGCGCUGUGAUUGGUUGAGAGAGCAGCAGCAGCCUCCGAGUCCACAGCUCCUCAGGAAGGUUGCUUCAGCACUGUCACAACUGGAGGUGGAUCUAGAUGCACAGGUGAUGCUGCUGGAUCAGAUGUGGUAUAACCUUGUGCAGUCAGCUCCAUUCUACGAAGCCAUGUACAUGCUACAGGAACAGAAUCAGAAUGCCCUGUGUCUACACACAGCAAGCAGACAUCAGCUUUUUCCCCCAGUUGGUCCUGACCCAGCAACGGAGCAGGGCUUUCACCAGAACCACAGAGUGAUGGAUAAACUGACCAUGGAUCAGAUUGAGCCCCAUCACCCCCUGCAGACAGCAGAUACAGUGGCUGGUAAACUGACUGGAGAUCAGCUGGAGUCAGGCCAGUGCAUACAGACCGCAGACAGACGGCCAGAUAAUCAGAACCCGGAUCAGCCCCAGUGGAGCCAGAGCUCAGAGAGAACAGAGAUGGUCCCUGAGCCAAUAAGAGCCAAGACACCACAUAAUUCUGAGCCAAUCAGAGACCAGACACCACAGAACAUUGAGCCAAUCAGAGCCAAGACGCCAAAUAAUUCUGACCCAAUAAAAUUCCAGACACCACAGAACACUGGGCCAAAAAGAGCCUGGAUGCCACAGAACUCCUCAGAACCACAUCUGGCCCAAGACAACACAGUCAUUGUCAAACAGGAGCCUGUGGACCCCAAGGUGGAACCUCAGCCCCAUCCUCAUGCCCAGCCUGAGGUGGACCCCUUAAAGGAUUCCCUGUAUGGACACAGAGUCCAGUUCUCCCCAGAUGUACAGAACCUGGCUGGUGUGUGUGAGGUGGAGUACCAGGGGACCGUCCUAGGACACAGCCAAGAGGUGACACGAAUAGGAGGGGCCACAGAGAACUCCCUUCAACCCACCAAGAACCUGAGAGACUCCGUCAACAACAGCCUGCCUUUGGUCGGUCUCAGUGCAAUGAUAGAGUGUUGCAGUGAGGGCCAGGUGUCCUUCUACCUGUGUGUGUCGUGUGGCAGCAAAAUUGAAAAAACUCUACUCAUCAGCCACGUCCUCAAAUACAGACACCGACAGCUGUACCUGACAAUGAGGUACCCGUGGUAUUUCCUUGGUGUGGUACCAGCCCGAGGGUUGGCAGAACAGUCCAGACUGAUGCAGAUUGCUAAGGAGGUGGAGGAGCAGAACCAUGAUGAGCCUGGCACGCUACAGGAGGUGAUUCUGGCCCCUGCUGACUUUGACGAGAUCAAACGGAUGCUGUUUGAUAAAGCUGUAUCCCGUUUGCAGGAGAUCUGUAGAGAGCAGAACCAGACUGAACUCCUCACCAUGGUCACCAGCAAACCUGAACCAAUAGUGGUCAAGCAGGAGAUUGUGGAGUGCCAGGUGGUCUCCCAUCAGGCCUUGGGGCAAUUCCUACCGCAACAGAGAUGUAGGAGAAACACGGGAAAACGUUGUUCUAACGUUGAGGGGUCAGAGGUGAGGGGUCAGCAGCAGGUGAAGAAGAGAAAGGUGUCUAGCCCCCCUGAGGGUCACACUGCCCCUGUCAUCUGUCUAUCAUCUCCUGAAGUCACCAAGUCUUCUGAAACACACACUGUCAACCAGACACACAUCACACCCUCACCCACACAAUCCAACACUAAGCCGAAACUCACAUACACACACUCUGACUCUCAAACUAAACUUAAACCUUCACGCACACACCCCAAACCCAGUUCAACAGCCCCAGAAUAUACUAGACCCAAACUCAUUCCCCAUUCUGCCACCAAGCCCUCCGGUACCCCUGCCGACAGCCUGACUGUUGCCAAAGAGUCCUCUAGCAAGAAACCCACUCACACACUGUGCAAACCCACACACACACUAUCCAAUAGCCAGAAGCUCACUGACAAACAUUCGGACAAGAAUGAGUCUCAGAAACAUACUGAAAAGGCUAAACCUACUCGCACACACAGUGAACGCACACACAAAAACCGCACACACACUCGCAAACACAGUGACCUCACACGCACUGACAAAGCCAAAGACGGACACAGUGACAGGACCAAACGCAGACACAGUGACCGCAAACACACUAACAGACAUUCUGACCACUCACGCUCUCACACCCGCUCUAAGAGACAUAAUCGUAGCUCCAGCCGUUCCUCCAAAGCCUCCCCCAGAGCUAGUCCCUCUGAGCCCCCCCUGCUCUCCCCCUACUCCCCCGCUGCAUUCUCCCCCACCAGAGCCACUUCUGCGGCGAGCCUAAGCCAGGUCAAACCCAGCCAACCUUCCUGCCUAGUCAACAAACAACUACCCAAACAGUCCAGCCAACCAACCAAGAGACCUACCAACACAACCUCAGCAGUCAGACCUCUCCAGACCCAGGCCAACCCUCCCAACAACACCUCUUACCCCCACCUGCACCCAGAAAGAACUGGACCCAUGACCCCCCCACUCGGACCCAUGACCCCCCAACCCGAACCCAUGACCCCCCAACCCCCGGCAAUCCCUCCCUGCCUCACUCCUCCACCUCCACCCCAGCCAGAUCCUGUCUAUGCCUCUGGGGUUAAGACGAAGACUUCCAUCGUAGACUGUGAUCAAUUUGUGGAAUUCUUUGUCUCUUUGUUGCGCUCCCCCCACUUUUCUCCUGCCCUAACCACCCCAGAGAGUGCAGAGAGCGCUGAGGCUCAUACCAGGGCAACAGGCCCUAACCCUGGAGGGGAGAAGAUGAGGGGUGACUCAAAAGGUCAUGCCAUCGCCAUAGUGGCAGCAUUACCCAACCCGCUAAAAAGGAAGCUAUCCCUACAGGAACCCGAGGACAGAGACCCCUGGAACUACGAGAGCCGACAGUUCACUCCCAACUCCAAACCUAACCCCAACUUCAAACCUAACCCAAACUUCCAGAACCCUGACUCCAAACCUAACCACAACUUCCAGAACCCUAACUCCAAACCUAACCACAACUUCCAAAACCCUAACUCCAAACCUAACCCUAACUUCCAGAACCCUAACCCUAACCCCAACUUCCAGAACCCUAACCCCAACUUCCAGAACCCUAACUCCAACUCUAACCCCAACUUCCAGAGUUAUACCCCCACUACCAAUGCCACACUAGCCCAGGGGGGUUACACUGGAGGGGUUACAGUUUCUUCUAGCCCUAACCCCACUGACCCACAGCCCCCAGAGAUUCUACCUGGUUACACCUACGCUGGUUACACCUACGCUGGUUACACCUACCCUGGUAACACCUACCCUGGUUCAGGUUACGCUGGAGUUGUCAGUGUUAGUCAGUUCACUUCCAACUCCCCCAGUAACACACAGUCACAGCCACAGGCAAGGUGGUCUGGGGGCAACUGGGGAACAGGCUACCCAGGGGCAGGCUAUGUUACAACAGGUCUAGCUGGUACUUCCUACCCUGGAGCUGUCUCUUCUGGAAGUGGACCUGGCUACCCUGGAGUUCUGCUCUACCCAGAGAUGGGCUACUCAGACAUGGACUGCCGUGGACAGGCUUACCCUAGGUCUGGGACUGGACUCGGCUCUACUGGGACUGUUAUGCCCCCAGGAAGCCUCUACUCUACCACACCAUCUCCAGCCAACCCCAGCUAUUUGGCCUUGACCCAGCCAUCACUUGACCCAGCCAGCUACUCCGCCUGGACUGCUACUGACACCGGGGUUGCCAUUGAAACCAGCACAGCAGAGUAUCUGCCACGCCCUCAGUGAGGACCCCGCCGGCCUGGAUUUCCUUAACGUGAAGCACUGACUGCUGGACAAUCGCUGGACAUGGAGGAGACGUAUACACACACACAGAUUGAUAAAGUCAAAUUUUGUUACCGAAUGUCAGUUUUAAAAUGAACAUUCUUGGUUUUCCUCUAUUUUGUAUUACUUAAAGGUAACCCUCUUGCCAGAGCUUGAUCCGUCGCUGGUGGCUCAGCAGAAGUAGUUACAUCCCUGUGGGAGGGGCCUAAUCUUGUCAGAAUAAACUCCCAUCCAAUCACUUGAAAGCUGUUUAGUUUCAAUGACUACUGAUUGUGGCAUAAGAGGAGCAAACAAUAUUUUUUUAUGUUUACUGCAAUUUUUUUUACAUUUACUUUUUUAAAGAUACAAGACAGUAUAUUUUAAUUGCAAACCAAGCGAAUGUUAUACUCAAGCAAUGUUCACCAUUUAAAUAAGGCAUAAAAGAUUCAGUUGAUGUUUUCUUGAAUGUGGAUUAUGUUUAAUGUGAAUAUUAUUUUUGUAUCUUAUACGUUGGUAGCCAUUUACUCUCGUACCCGUAUACAGAUUUGGGGCACUAAUAAGCUCCUACAUUGGAACGUAGUGGCUUUUCAGUAACGUGCUAUACAUGACGUCAGAGUUCUGGCUGUGUGCCUCACAGUGCUGUAUGGGUUUUGACUGACAGCCGUUCUGAACUUGAGCACCGUGCGCAACAAGAAGUUGCCCCUAUCCCUCCCGGUAACUGGCCAACUUUUGAAAUGUUUUUGUUGUCUGAGUGAGCAAAAUGCUAUAAAUUGAGAUUACUUGUAUUUUGAAAUUUGAGUAUUAUAAUAAAUACCGCUUUGAUGUCAUACAAGCAAGCCAAACACCUGUGUGUCCAAAUGUGCACUUCACAUUUCCAAAUCAUAGAACUCAUGUUUACUACAGUAUCAACGUUUAGCACCACCAUGUUUGAUGUAGUUACAAGAUGACAUGGCAUCAUACCCUGGGUUGUUCUGAACAGAAAUAGCCUAUGUUUGUUUAUUGUGACGGAAACUAGAGGCUCCACACGCACCGAAUGCACUCAUGACUCCUUUCUAUGCGCCCCAACAUGACCAUCUGUUUCUCUGAAUUGCCUUGUGAAAGCCUAACACUGCAAGAUCCUAUUUUAUGACUCAUUUUGGCAAUAGAACGAGCUUUCAAAUCAUGCCCACCCUACCCACGUUGCGGUUUAUAAUGGACUGUUUUUGGAUUAUGUAAACAUCAGCAGUAAUUCUGUGAUGGCGGGAAUGCAGGGUUGUGUUCCAAAUGAAACAACUACAAGUGUUCUUGCUCUCGUUCCUCAACGGCACAGCUAGGAGAGCUCAAAAAAUACUUUCAAGUUGAAGACUUUUUUUUUUGUCAUAGAAGUGCAUUGAAAUUAUUUAGGAACUGUGCACACUUUGGAGAUGUGUGUGGCCACUUGGAGACACCAGUUUCCUUACUCAAACCCUUUUUAGUUUUAUGUUGCAUAUUUUCCAGGAAUAGUCUUGUCAUGUUACUGAAUGUAUCCAGAGUGUCAACAAAUGCACAUAUAAUCAAGUGUAAUGUUUGUAAUCAGUCUGGUGUUAGAUGAACUGUUGGACUCACAUUAUCUCCAAACUUUUCCCUUUCAGUUGCUACCAUGGUUAUGCAUAUGCUUUUCAUAUUUCUUCUGUAAGAAACAUUUACAUUUAGCCCUAUCCAUAUAAGCCAAUAAAACAAUUCUAUGCCUCGGC